AUGGCCGCGGCCGCGGCGGGUGGAGCCCCGGGCCCGUCCCCGGGCCCUGCCGCCAGGACCCCGCCGCCCGCCGGCCCCGGCCCCGCCGCCAGGGCCCCGCCGCAGACGCUGCGGAGGCGCGGGGACUCGCGGCGUCGCCAGGCCGCUCUCUUCUUCCUCAACAACAUCUCCCUGGACGGGCGGCCCCCGAGCCUGGGCCCGGGCUGCGAGAAGCCCCCGCCGCCGCCGCCGCCCGCCGAGGCCCGCGAGCCGCCCGCGCCGCCUCCGCCGCCGCCUCCGGGGCCCGCGCCAGCGCCCCCCGCCGGCCCGCCCGGCCUGCCGGUGCUCGCGGGCAGGACCUCGGCGCCGCAGGGCCUGUCCAGCCCCGCGCCCGCGCCCGCCGGCCUCGGCCUCGGCCUCAGCCUGAGCCUGGACGCACAGCGCCAGAGAAGGCGGGUCGCCUCCCAGCGCUGCUCCCUCGAGUUCCUGGAAGACGCAGCGGGCUGUGCCUCGGUUCAAAGAACCAAGCACAUAUCUGGGUCCCCCAGACACAAGGGCCUGAAGAAGACGCACUUCAUUAAGAACAUGCGGCAGUAUGACACCAAGAACAGCAGGAUCGUGCUGAUCUGUGCCAAGCGGUCCCUGUGUGCGGCCUUCUCAGUCCUGCCCUAUGGGGAAGGCCUGCGGCUCAGUGACCUGAGGGUGGACAGCCAGAAACAGAGGCAUCCAUCUGGCGGCGUGUCCGUUUCUUCCGAGAUGGUCUUUGAAUUGGAAGGCGUUGAGCUGGGAGCAGAUGGAAAGGUCGUAUCUUAUGCCAAGUUCCUGUACCCUACCAACGCCCUGGUCGCACACAAGACAGACGGCCACGGCCUGCCACCCCAGCCCCGGCCCAGCGUGCCCCGGGCUCUGCCGGGGUCAAGAUACAAACCUGCUGCCCCCAAGUCAGUGCCAGCUGGCACAGAACUAGGGAGUGAGGCGGGGGACACCCUGGAGUACAACCCCAACCUUCUGGACGACCCACAGUGGCCCUGCGGCAAGCACAAGCGGGUCCUCAUCUUCGCAUCCUACAUGACCACGGUGAUAGAGUACGUGAAGCCCUCUGACCUCAAGAAGGACAUGAAUGAGACCUUCCGGGAGAAGUUCCCACACAUCAGGCUGACACUGAGCAAAAUCAGGAGUUUAAAACGGGAGAUGCGGAACCUCUCUGAGGAGUGCAGCCUGGAGCCCGUGACGGUGUCCAUGGCCUACGUGUACUUCGAGAAGCUCGUCCUGCAGGGCAAGCUCAACAAGCAGAACCGCAAGCUGUGCGCAGGCGCGUGCGUGCUGCUUGCCGCCAAGAUCAGCAGUGACCUCCGCAAGAACGAAGUGAAGCAGCUCAUUGAUAAGCUAGAAGAACGGUUUCGAUUCAACAGGCGGGAUCUAAUUGGGUUUGAGUUCACAGUGCUCGUGGCCUUGGAACUUGCUCUCUACCUCCCCGAGAACCAGGUGUUACCUCAUUACAGACGCCUCACCCAGCAGUUCUAGCCGAGGCCGGCUGCCCAGACCACCCCUGGCGCUCCAAGCCCUCGCUGCUUGCUCAGUGCACCCAUAUUUGUGGGCCCAAAGCACUGCCCCAGGCACCAUUUUCUUCAUUCCAAAGCCCUACGGCACCCGGUAUUUCUGAGAGUAUUCCUGCGCUCGCACUGGCCCGUGUGGGGUUGUCACUGUCUUCGUCCACGUGCCCGUGAUCGCUCUGACAACCCCCCCUUGAUUCAUGUCGCAUGCAUCCUGACUUCACGGCAUCUGAUCCUUGGUGUUGCCUUGCCUUCCGGAAACUAUCGUAGCCACUGCACUAGUGUCGCAGUGACGAUCUGGGUUUCCAGAUGCUCUGAACACACUGAAAUUGCUCAAGUUAACGUACGGAAGCAUUAAUCAUGGCUAUUUCUGGUGUGUGGAUGUGGAAACCUAUGGCACACACCCCCACUCAGCCCUGCAAAGCCGUUGGGCUGGCCACGCCCCUCCCCACACCAAGUUGUGGCACCACGUUAUGCCAACAAGAGCAGACUCCUGGUUUGUAUUGCUGUUUUUACUCUUGGACCUGUUCUUCCAAGCAUCGUGUCACUGUGAAAUCCUGAAGCCUGAGUGUCAUGCACCCCACGUGGGGACCGCCCUUCCCCCACCAGGAAAACCCCGCGGGUCCACGACACUCUGGACCUUUAGAUGACUGCAUUGCUGGCUCUUGACCUUCCUAAGCAAUAUUGAUGGACAUAAGCAGCAGAUUGUCUUUUGGGAUGCUGCUGUGGUUUUUUUUUUUAAGGGAACAAAAACUGGUUAAGUGACAUGCACUGAAGCUGACUUGAAACUACACUUGAUUCCCAAGCGGGGAGAUGAGCACUUCACAGCCCCUGCACCCCACGGCACCACCUCUGUGAGGGUCAACAUCAAUGCCUUUUCUGAGGCAGGAAUAGAAGCUGGCCGCUGCAGCCUGUCCCACUAAGCAGACCCCAAGGGGUGGUGGUUGUCGCUUCUGUGGACAUCUGUACCCAACGUGGUCAGCUUUUCCCAGGUUUGUGUUCUCACAUGAAUGCUGUCUUGUCCAGUUCUCGUUUGCUGCCCCCAAAAUACCUAAGAACCAAGGAUUGGUGUGUCAGCUGGUCUGAAAAAUGCCCGUUGGCUGGGCCAUUAAGCUGCUUCCCUACUGUGCUGUAUAGAACCUUGUCACUGGAGGGGCCCUGGGACAGUCCCCACCUGUGUCCUCUCCCUGUGGACCGGUGCUUUUGCCGGGAGAAGAGGCCAGUUCCCAUCACAGCACGCGACCACCAGCAACUCAGCCUAGACCCCAGCAGACGUGCAUGUGUUGUUCCUUCUUCCCCAGCCACUCAGGUGGGCUAAGGGAGGCUGCAGGGCAGGAUGGACAAAGCCCAGGCCCGUAUCGCAGCCUUAUUUAUUGCGGAGUGCCUCCCUCUCCUUUCCGAGACAGCUCCCUAACCCCAACAUGCACGCCAGAUGGAGUGGAGGAUGGAAGCUGCUCGGCCCCGGGCAACUUUCUUCUGGAAAACCACCUGUCCUGCCACCAUAGCAUCUCAAGGAUACUUCCGUUUCAAGCACUGACGGGACUGCCUUUCAAAACAGUGUAUGUCCUGGUUUACAACUUAGCCUCGAGGGACCCGUCUCCUUGGGAAUUUCUUUACUGAUAUUACAACAGCUGAUAAAUACAAUAAUUUAAGUUUGCA